GGAGGUGGGCGCAACCAGAAAAUUCCAAGGAGCACAUUAAGCUGGUGGAUGCAGCAGAUGUAAGCGCUGUGCAUCCAUCUCAAACCAGUUCAGAUGUUGCUGUUUCCUCAAGUUGCAGGUCUAUGGAAAUGCAGGAUCUAACCAGCCCGCAUAGCCGUCUGAGUGGUAGUAGUGAAUCCCCCAGUGGUCCCAAACUCGAUAACUCUCAUAUAAAUAGUAAUUCCAUGACUCCCAAUGGCACCGAAGUUAAAACAGAGCCAAUGAGCAGCAGUGAAGUAGUUUCAACAACAGCAGACGGGUCUUUAGACAAUUUCUCAGGUUCAGCAAUUGGGAGCAGUAGCUUCAGCCCAAGGCCAACUCACCAGUUCUCCCCACCACAGAUUUAUCCUUCCAACAGACCAUACCCACAUAUUCUCCCUACCCCUUCCUCACAAACUAUGGCUGCAUAUGGGCAAACACAGUUUACCACAGGAAUGCAGCAAGCUACAGCGUAUGCCACAUACCCACAGCCGGGCCAGCCAUACGGAAUUUCAUCAUAUGGCAUCAAGACCGAAGGUGGAUUGUCACAGUCUCAGUCAGCUGGACAGACAGGAUUUCUCAGCUAUGGCACAAGCUUUGGUACCCCUCAACCUGGACAGGCACCAUACAGCUACCAGAUGCAAGGUAGCAGUUUUACAACAUCAUCAGGAUUAUAUACAGGGAAUAAUUCACUCACAAAUUCCUCUGGAUUUAACAGUUCACAGCAGGACUACCCAUCUUAUCCCAGUUUCGGCCAGGGUCAGUACGCACAGUAUUAUAACAGCUCGCCAUAUCCAGCACAUUAUAUGACGAGCAGCAACACCAGCCCAACAACGCCAGAGAAAUUUUAGAAAUGUUUACUGGAAGAAACUAAUAAUGGAACAAAACCUGCAAUUUCCACUCCCUCCACAGAGUACAGUACAAUCCACAGCCCAUCAACACCCAUUAAAGAUUCAGAUUGUGAUCGGUUGCGUCGAGGUUCAGAUGGGAAGUCACGUGGACGGGGCCGAAGAAACAAUAACCCUUCACCUCCUCCAGAUUCUGACCUAGAGAGGGUGUUCAUCUGGGACUUGGACGAGACGAUCAUUGUUUUCCACUCCCUGCUUACUGGAUCCUAUGCCAACAGAUACGGGAGGGAUCCACCUACUUCAGUGUCCCUUGGACUUCGAAUGGAAGAAAUGAUUUUCAACUUAGCAGACACACAUCUAUUUUUUAAUGACUUAGAACUAGGAAAAAAAUCAUUCUUCAAAAUAUCAGUUAUGCCAGUGCUAAGAAGCUUCAAUUCCAAGUGUGGGAUGCAUAAUGACCUAAUGCUCAUGCUUGCAAAAUUCACAUAUAACUUUGGAACAGAUGGCUUUCCUGCUGCAGCAACCAGUGCUAAUUUAUGCUUGGCCACCGGUGUGCGGGGUGGUGUAGACUGGAUGAGAAAGUUGGCUUUCCGCUACAGACGCGUAAAAGAGAUCUACAAUACCUACAAAAAUAAUGUUGGAGGUCUGCUUGGUCCAGCCAAGAGGGAAGCCUGGCUGCAGUUGAGGGCAGAGAUCGAAGCACUGACAGACUCCUGGUUGACACUGGCCCUGAAAGCCCUCACGCUCAUUCACUCCCGGACGAACUGUGUGAAUAUUUUAGUAACAACUACUCAGCUCAUCCCAGCCUUGGCAAAAGUCCUGCUAUAUGGAUUAGGAAUUGUAUUUCCAAUAGAAAAUAUUUACAGUGCAACUAAAAUAGGAAAGGAAAGCUGUUUUGAGAGGAUAAUUCAAAGGUUUGGAAGAAAAGUGGUGUAUGUUGUUAUAGGAGAUGGUGUAGAAGAAGAACAAGGAGCAAAGAAGCAUGCUAUGCCCUUCUGGAGGGUCUCCAGCCACUCGGACCUCAUGGCCCUACAUCAUGCCUUGGAACUGGAGUACCUGUAACAGCCACAUAGCACUUUGGAACCACACAACUGCCCUGUAACCAGGAACAAAUCCCACAGGCCUCAGUCUCGUGUCAGCGCUGGCCUAGCAAAUUGAUUUCCAACACAUUGAUGCACACCUGCUGUCCGUCCUCUGCUCUGCCCUUGCAGUAAAUGAAGGACCACAUCUAUUUCUUCAGCUGUUGACUCCAGUACUGUGAAUCCAGUGAAAAUAAGCCAUGAGAAUGUUCUAGCACAGCGUAAUGUGUCUUUGCCACAUUAACUGCAUGGUUCAAACCUGUGAAGAAAGGACCUGCAAACGCUUAAGGUUUUAGCAUCUUCAAUGUGACAUAAACGGCUUCUCCAAUACAGCAAACCUGAUUGCACAACAAAGACCGAAACAUAUUUCCCGAGUACCAGUGGGGGAAUUUUCUUGUAAAGAAGUUUUACUUUUUGGCGUCUCAUACCCAGGGUAAUCUCUACAUCUCUACUUAUUUAUGAAGACUUUUUUAAACAGCUUUAUGAGGUAUAAUGCAAGUACCAUACCAUUCACUCAAACAGACUUUUUGACAUCAAUCAAAUCAUUGAAGGGACAAUACUAUAAGAAGUAAGUGAUUAAAGGCCUUUGCCUCAUGACACAGCAAGUACUUUAAAUUUUAGCACAUUGCAAAGUAGUUUAAAGUAUGUCUAAUUUAAACGUAUAAUAUGUACAUCACUGAGACAAUCAUGUACAGAAAGAAUUUUUGGUGUAAAUUUGUAAUAAUGGAUGAUUCUUUUACAUAUUGUUUAGGAAAAUGAUAUUGAAAGGUAGCAAUGCCUUGAUAGUGAAAUAUGAGGCAGUAUAUGCACAAACUCGUGCAGUGCCUUACCAAAAUACUGGGUAUAAAUAUGUAGAUAAUGGGGUUUUUUUUAGACAAUGUUGUCAAGACCAAAAGCAUGGAUGUCAAUAGGAUUUCAUUUUUCAAAUUUUUUCACCAUCGGUUCUGUUUUUCUUUAUGCUAUCAGGAGGACUGCGGUAAAAUAACAGUCUUAAAUAAUUUGGGAAAAAAAAGUCCUCUUACAACCUCAUGUUUUCAUUUUCAAUUCUAAUGUAUUAUAUGUAACUACUUGAAAAAAAUGAUUAUUCAAAUGCUUCUUCCCACAGAGUGUAGACAAUAGCUAUAUUUUAUUAAUAAAAUGGUUCAUGAGUUGGAGACUAGCCAAGGUUUCAUGUACUUAGAUUAUAGUGUCUGCAAUUUCUUGUUUAGAUAAAAGAGGAUUUACCACAUCUGGAAAUCAGCAAAACUUUACAUUAUUCCCUACAUUCAUGUUCCCUCUCUUUUCCUCCACAUUCCCCUCAACCUCCUGCUCUCCCAGAAAAGUUCAUUGCUGGCAGUGGACAUGGCCCAGUUAUCACCACCAAGGAAAUAAUGUUACUGUUCACCUACAUAAAUUGGGAAAUAAAAAUUGUUACCUUUGUUAUACCAUAAGACAGGUUCCCCAAAAGUGGUCAGUUUGGGCACCAGUUUCAUUCGUCAGAAGCCUUCCAUUGCCAUGAAAUUAUGUUGUGGAUGAACUGUCUUUGAUACUGUGUUGGGGGAAAAAAUACACCAGCUUUGAUCUUAAGUAGCUAAAGAGCUACUCUAUCCUUUUCUGAAGUUUCAUGUUGCUGCUAGAAUUAGUUAUGAAUUCUCCAAAUUGUUCAACAAUUGAAUUUGUUCAAUUUUUUUGCUUGAAGCAAACACAAUCUGGCAAUUUUUUAGCCUUUUCAUUUUAUGUUUUUGUACUCUGCAGAUUGAAAAGACAAAGUUUAUCUUGGCUUUACUGUAUAAAGGUGUGUUGUGUCUGCAAUUGUGUACAGAGGUUUUCUCCAUUAAUUUUGUGUUUAAAUUAAUAAAAUUGAUUU